AAUAAAAUUUCUAUUAUUUUAUUUUCUAGUAAAUCUAAAUACAAAAGAUUGAAUUAAUAAAUUGCUUAUUCAAGUAAAAGAAAUAAAUUUUUAUUUUGUUUGUUUGUUUGUUUAUUUUCUCGUUGUUUUGGCAAAAAUAUAAUCAAACGCAAUGUACCAUGUUAAAUUAGUUACUGUAGUUUUAUUGRUGACUACUACCAACCUAUUGGUAUUAUACACACAGCCUGGUUAUGGCCAGUCARCCGUAAAUAUUAAGUUACACUACGAAUCGUUGUGUCCGUAUAGCAAACAGUUUGUUGUCGACCAAUUGAUACCUACCUAUACUAAAUUAGCCCAGAUCAUUGAUUUGCACCUGGUACCGUUUGGCAAUGCAAAAUGGAACAAGUUUCUUAGAUCGGACGGUGAUUUUGAUGUAGAUUUUACAUGUCAGCAUGGUACUAAUGAAUGUAUUGGCAAYAAAAUACAUGACUGUGUAUUGCCCACUGUGUCUAUCGAUCGAUCACUAAAACUGUUUGAAUGUAUGUUUAAUGACAACAAUUGGAAGGAUACGACAGCGGCCGGUAAAAAGUGCGCCGAUCAAUUGUCUUUCAAUUGGACUACAAUUAAUGAGUGCACUACUGGUCCAUAUGGACGGGGUCUACAUUUAGUGCACGGGGAGGACCGUCAAAAUGAGAUACCUAAACCAAACUAUGUACCCUGGGUCAUUGUCAAUGGCGUUCAUAAUGAUAAUAUUCAGGAACAGGCACAAAAUAACUUGCUCAAAUUAGUGUGCGAUACUUAUCAGGGCACUAAACCAGAACAAUGCAAACAAAGUUUAUAAUAAAUUUAAAAUAUUGUUAUUGUAGUUUUAAAUUA